AUGAGUUAUUUACCUAGUGGGUCUAAUCCAGAAACCAGUUUGUUUACAUGUAACACAUGUAGCAUCAAGUUUGUUAAUGCUGACUUACAAAGACAACAUAUGAAAACUGAAUGGCAUAGAUAUAAUUUGAAAAGAAGAGUUGCUCAAUUACCUUCAAUAUCAUCAGAGUUAUUUGCGGAAAAAAUUUUAAGCUCAAAAUUCAAAAGUGAUUUCAAAAGUGAAAAUGAAGAUGAGUAUGGAUUUUAUAUUGCAACUAGAAAGAAGAAGAAUAAUUCAAGAAAACAAAAUUUGCAGAUCUCACGAAAUAAAACUAAUUUUAGAGGUCGUCCAAUAGAAAGGAUCAUGAAUGAAGCAAAAGAUACUAUUGCACAAGAAAGAAGUUUGAGUCCUGCAGGUUCAGUUGCAUCCGAGCUUUCACAAUUUUCAUUGAAUGAUUCUGAAGGUUAUUGUGAGAUUGAGCCUAUACAUACUGGUUCUGAAUUAAAUUACACAGAGUCAUCGGACUUUACUGAUUAUGAUGAUUUACAAGAUUUUGAGUUGGAGGAAGAGGAUACAGUACACGUACCGAAGGAGGAAGACCAAAAUGAAGAAACUCAAUCAUCUCAAAUUCCAAUAACGACUUGCUUCUUUUGUGAGACUAAGAAUUUUGAUUCUGAACGAAACAUAAGGCAUAUGUUCAAUUAUCACGGUCUAUACAUUCCGGAAAGAACCUUUUUGAGUGACGUUGAUGGAUUAUUGAACCAUUUAAGUGCAACAAUAUCAAACUUCAAUUGUUUAGUUUGUGGAUUUCAAGGUAAAAAUCUAGAGAGUAUUAGACAGCAUAUAAAAUCAAAAGGACACUGCAAAAUACCAUAUGAAAGUAAAGAUGAAAAGCUAGAGUUUGCUAAAUUCUAUGAUUUUACAACCGAGAAUGAAGGGAAAGAUGCAAGUAGGAAACUGAAAAGAUCAACAAAACAGUCAAAGCAGGUUGCCUUCAUAGAGGACCCAAGUGAACCAGUUUCCUCUAGUGAACUGUUGGUGGACGAAGAAGAAAGAUUUGAGGACGAGCUGAGUAUAGAUGAGCAGUCAACGUCAAAUGACGAGAGAGAAUUAAACACUAAUUACUCUUUAGUAUACAUAGACUCGUCUGGGGUUGAGUUGACGACCCCGAUUGGCUCAAGAAUUGGACAUAGGUCAAUGCAUAGGUAUUAUCGUCAAAACAUAGCUUUACCUGGGGUUGAUCAAGACGGUAAAAAAACUCAAGCUUUAGUUGAUAGAAGGUUUUCACCUGGCUUGACGGUAAGAGAAAUAUCCAAACAACAAAAAGAAUCUCAAAAGCUAGAAAAUAAAAUUAAAAGUGAUCAUGUCAGAAAAAUGAAACCUAAAAAGAUCAAUUACCAAAGACAUUUUAGAGAUGAAAUUUUGGGUACUUGA